UCAAUCGAAACCAUUUGUUUACAUAUUUUAUUUUGAUUUUGUUAGUAAAUUAUUGCAUUUUUGGGAUGAACUAAAGAGCAGCCGGCACCUAGAAUGCUGAGACACUGCCUGGCCAACGUGGACUACGUCCGCCUGCACGCCCAGCAGCAGCUGCGGCCCAAGUGCGGCGAGAUCUUCUACGAACAGGAGGCGAAUAGCUUCCAACUGGUCUGCCUGCUCUGCGAGAUGAAGCACUUUGGCUUCCAGGACUUUGCCCGCCACAUCCGCAAUGUGCAUUUCGAUCGGGAGGGUCGGCCGCUGACCCAAACGGUCACGGGACUGGGACAGCAGCAGCUCCCAACGAGCAGUCUCAAGGAGGAGCACCUGGAGGAGGCGGAGGAACAGGAACUGGACCAGGAGGAGGGCAAUCCACUGCGCAUCAUGGUGCUGGAGGCUAAGCAGAGCGAGGGCGAGGAGACCAUGGAUACGCUGUGGCAGCCAGAACGUGGCAGCUGCUCCUCCGAUUGCUCCGACAACGAAAACGGCGAACUGGAGGCGCCAACGGGCGGAAAAACUCCUCAGGAAGGUAAACAGGAUGAGGAGGAGGAGCAGCAGUCUGUUUUCAAGAAGCAGCGCCAGCCGAAGGACUUCAAUUGCCCGCACUGCGAUCGCAAGUACACCACCCAGAAGUACCUGAACACGCACCUCAAGAUGAGCCACCCGCAUCCGCAGGCUUUUAAGUGCGACGACUGCGAGGCCACCUUCGAUGUGGACCGCGCGUUGGCCCAGCAUCGCCGCAAGGAGCACACCGAGUUCGCCUGCCAGCUGUGCGCGAAGGUGUUCAAGAGCUCGCGCUCCCUGCUCCGCCAUGUGCAGGGUCACUCGGGCGCCAGGACCUUCAAGUGCGAGCACGCCAACUGCGGCAAGUCGUUCGUCAACCAGCACAACCUCACCUCGCAUCGGCGGGUGCACAGCGAGGAGCGGAACUACGUGUGCGAGCUGUGCGGCUAUAGAUCGCGCUACCGCGAGGCCUUGAUCGUCCACCGGCGCACGCAUACGGGCGAGAAACCCUUCCAGUGCCAGACCUGCGCCCGCCGCUUCGCCUCCAAGUCGCUGCUCAACGAACACCAGGCGAUGCACUCCACCGAGAAGCCCUUCAAGUGCGACAAGUGCGACGCGGCCUUCUCGCGGCCCAAGGCGCUGUACCACCACAAGCAUCUGCAUUUGGGCAUCAAGAAGUUCAAGUGCAAGAUCUGCGGAAAUGCCUACGCCCAGGCGGCGGGCCUAUCCGCUCACAUGCGGGCCCACAAGCUCCAGGCGACCUCCAGUGCAGCGGAGGGCGUGGAGGCGGCAACUGGAUCUAUUGAGAUGCUCUUCACCUACUGACCUGAUUGCGCAGAUCUCCGUCUGCAUUUGCACCUCUUUAUAUUAGGAUACAUCACAAACCACGUCCACUGUUUUAGAUUUAAAGGUUUGCAUAAACAGAAAAAAAUGGUAAUGGUCAUAACCAUUAGAUUUUUUUUAAAGAUGAAGUUAUUCAUAUCAUUUUGAUAUGCAUAAAGA